UCAUCAAUAGCAUCUAGCGAGUAUAUUCGCUGAUCGAGUUUUCCUCUAAGGUCGCGUUGGCUCCUUCUUUACCAAGACACUGGGCAUUAUUUUCGUUUCUCGGUCGUCGAACUCCAUUACCACACAGAGAAACACAGAUAGAGAUAAGAAGAAGAGUCAUAGCCAAAAGGCUCAGAUCUGCUAUUUACCCAACCAAUCAUGGCGACCCCUGAAAUUCUUCACAGAGAAGAUAACUUUUUCCUCUCUUUUCCUUUACAUGACCCACGAAAUGGAGAAGGUGCAAAGCACCGUGAAAUGUCAAUUGAGAAGAAGAUAGAGCUACUUGAGAACUUGACUGGAAAGGUUAGCAAUCGAAGGUCUCGAAGAUGGUUAAAUGAUCGUCUUUUAAUGGAACUUGUUCCUCGUCUGAAUGGAGAGGAAAUUAGAGGCCUGUUUGCACCACCACCUUGGGGUGAUGAUGUACCACCUUCAGCAUUUAGCAUGACUAAUGUGGGAGAGUGGGACAAAUUUAGGAACAUAGACAUGGACAGAGAGGCUAAUAUUAUUGAUGCCCUGAAGGGCUCAUCUGUGAAGAGGAAAGGUCGUGUUGAUUCUGACAAGAUGGAGGUCUUGAAUGCAUGGCGUAGAAUUGAUUCUCGAACAAGAGAGGCACUUAGGCGCAGCUUUCUUUCUGAACUUAUUGAGGGCUAUGAGGAGUGCAUACGGACUUUCAUCACUGAGACAGGAGAUAUGGAUGUACUAGUGCUACGGGUUCAAGACCCUUUCCAUAGAUUGUUGCUGCAUGGUGUUUGUGAGUUCUACGAUUUGGUCUCUGUGACUGUUACACAGUCGGAGGGUAUAGAAUCUUUGAAGGUGACAAGGAUAAAAAGGAAGAAAAGGGGCUGUGUUAAGAUCCCCAAUAUCACUCUGUCUCAUUUUCUGAAGAUGUCGAAGGAAGGAAUUUGGUAAAUUCCAUUGGAAAGCAAGAGCCUCUCAUUCAUGUUUAUUAUGUAGAACCAAGUAGGGAAUGUUUUAAAUAUUAGGUAAACCUUCUGUAAAAUAAUCAGUUCCACUUGCCAUGGUUAUCAGUUGCAAAACCAUUGAAAAGCUAGUGUAAAUAUCUAUGAGUUCCUCAGUCAACAAAGGAUGUUGAUUGUGAAUUUGGGUUCCACAAUUGUUGUGCAAGUUUAAAUUAAACAUUGUUUGGAAACAAGAAUGGGUACUUGUUAGAAUUUCUUAUUCCUUUUAAUUUAUUAAUAAAUUAGUUUCUAGCCUGGGAAUA